UAGGUUAAUAAGUUGACUAAUAUAUUUGUAACAUAGAAAGUUUGGAUAUUUUUGCUUAUAUGUUUAUUAUGUGAGAAAAGAAGUGAAUUAUAAGACCGUCUAGCCACGCCGAUCGAUAAAUACUACUGAGGGUGUAUAUAAUUUGUAAGCCCUUGGUGCUUUUUUGUAAAGGGCGGUGACUAAGUGCAUGGUGGGUCAAGAGAUAAUAAUCUGUGAGGUUUACGUUAUCAAUAGAACUAGUGCUAUGAGAGAGAUCUUCUCAAACAAUGGAGUUAUAAACACAUGGACUUGCGCACAUUUUCUAAACACAUUUUAUGCAUCUGUCAACGGAAUCAAUGGACAAUGAUCUUGAACUGCCAUGGGACGAAACGUAUUGAGGAUCUUGCUGCUCCUCUGCUGCAUGCUGCAACCGCACGUCGGGCAACUGACUCGAGACACGCGAUGCUUUCUGGAAAACGGAGCCACCGCGGCGCAUCUCUUUGUCAGCGAAGAUUUGCCCGUCGGCGAUACCGUGGGAAUCCUCGGAGUGCUAGGUGAUCCUGGCUCGCAGGGUGACAUCGAGCUGAGCCUGCAGGAGCAUGACAGCCCCGUCGCAUUUUCGCCAUACUCGAAAAAUUUAACUCUUAUCAGUCCGCUUGACAAGGAAGGUGUCGAGGGACCAGCUAGCGUCUACAUCAACGUUAUCUGUGAGAGAAAACAUACCUUGGACCCGGGAUUCAUCAUACCGGUGAACAUCCGGGUAACUGACGCAAAUGAUAAUUCACCACAAUUCGUGAAUGCACCUUACGUGCUAAAUAUUUCUGAGGUUACUGUCAUUAACACAAGAGUCCUACAAGGAAUCCGAGCUGUCGAUGCUGAUCAGCCAGGACCAUACUCCACUGUACAAUAUGCGAUCCUACCAGGAGCUCAUUCGGAUUAUUUUGCUUUUCUAAACGCUCUGGAAGGCACACUUGUGCUGAAAAAAUCGCUAGAUUAUGAAAUUCUCACCAAUUUCUCCGUUGAUAUUCGUGCUCAAGAUCAAGGCAAUCCACCGCGUUCGUCAACGACAACGUUAUACGUUAACGUUAUCGAUGCCGACGAUCAGAAUCCAACUUUUUUGAAUGAAGAGUAUAAAGUCAUCAUACCUCGACACAUAAAAGGGAGAAAACCAUUAAAAAUGGUACCUGCCGCAAUAAAAGCCAUAGAUCAAGACGUCGGCAUAAAUGCGCCAGUCCGAUAUACAAUACAAGGUGCAAUCUUACCCUUUCUGGAUUUGAAUCCUGAGACUGCUGAAAUCGUCAUGAUACGCUCGCUGCAGGAUCACGAGCUAAUGACACCAGCAACUAUCGUUAUUAAGGCUACUCAAGUGAAUAAUGCGGAUAGAUAUGCUCUAGCCACAGUUGUUGUGUCGCGAGAAGAUAUGGUUGGUCCAACAGCAGGUGGUCGAUUGCCCGUGAAAUUUAUGCUGAAGAAUCAUCAAACAAGUGUACCAGAGAACACACCGUCUGAGAGUGUUCUUCUAACAGCAGGGGUUAAUAAAGCCGAGCCUAAUUUAAAAUUCUGGCUAGUGGGUCCGGAGGAGGAUCUAGAGAGAUUCUCUAUUACUAACUCUGGCGAGUUAAUCCUUAAAGGGAAUUUGGAUUACGAACGACGGGUCCAGCACAGCUUCCUGGUUCAUGUCACAGACGGAUACCAUAACGAUACAUCACGUGUGAACGUUUUGGUCGAAGACGUGAACGAAUGGGAACCUCGAUUUCAAUAUUCCCGAUACGAAUUUCACGCUCAUUCCGCAAGAGAAGGCUCCGUUAUAGGAAAAUUAGAAGCAGCGGACGGCGAUCGAGGGGACAAAGUCAAUUUAUCUCUUAGAGGACAAGAUGCGAGAUCUUUCGACAUUAGAGAUAAUGGAGAAUUAGUAUUGAAAUCGUUAGGUUCACUUAACGGAUCUUUGGCCCGAUUCAUAGCGGUAGCUACCGAUACCGGAAAACCGCCCAGAUCCAGCAUGAUCCCGGUAAUCGUUCACAUACCAAACGGCGGUUCGUUGCCGAUAGCAGCAAGAGCUGCACCUGCUUGGCUUGGUAGCAGCGUGCUACUAGUUGCAAUUUUUGGCGCAGUUUUAGGUCUUCUUGGAGUCGUCAUCCUCGUUCUCAUCCUUUACAUUUACAAGCAUAAAAAGCCAAAAAGCGGUGGCUCGGUCAGUUCUGUGGGGACAGGAUAUCGUGAGAAAUCACCAGUUCCCUCGGCUCUAAGUCCAACUCCGCAGGUGCUAGGUGCCAACGCUCUUCAGGACGCCUUGGAAGGCCCGCGGAAUCGGCGUCACGAUAUCGAUGGCAACGAGAAUGAUAACAUCGACAACCGUAACGAAAUCGAUAAUCCCGUCUUCGGGGAAACCAAUGAAAGCUCGUACAGCGCUACAAUCAAAAGCAUAGCAUCGGCAAAACAAUUACCAUUAUACGCUCGACAUAAAGUGGCGCCCGCCCCGCACCCACCAGCUUUAUCAGCCACCUCAAAUAUUCCCAAUAUCGGCGGACUAGUACAGAAUAUGAACGAUUUAAGUGCUAGAACCAAUCUGGAUUCUGGAUCUCACGAUUCUUCCAAUUAUUCCGGAGAUCCUCCAGACUCUCUAGUUCCAACGUGGCCUGCCAGUUCGGCCUUGCCGAGGAUCAAAAAGUUGUCCUGGGACGACGACGAUAGGACCGUAGAUAGCGUGGAGGUCGCGGCGGAAACGCGAACCGGAGACAAUCAAACUGGCAACGAGAGGCUCAAUCUCACCGUGUACUUCUAACGAUCUAUUAUUUUGUAAAUGGAACGAAUGGGUCCAAUAACGACGGCGGAGGCUGUUGUAAGCGCUGUUUGGCGCAGUUCAGUUAAAUAAAGUCUCGUUGAUGUCGAAA